AAUCUAUCUGUAACCUCCAGGAUGAUCUUUGCAAACACGGGCAACCCGCUGAAGACAGCCAAUCGUAAGCAGUCCUACCCCAUGACGCCGUCCAGUCCCAGCAGCAGCAGCAACAGCAGCAGCACAGGCCUGGAGCAGCUCAGCAAAACCAACCUGUACAUCCGCGGGCUGCCUCCCGCGACCACAGACCUGGACCUGGUCAAGCUCUGUCACCAGUAUGGCAAGAUUCAGUCAGCGAAGGCAAUCCUGGACAAGACAACCAACAAAUGUAAAGGUUACGGCUUUGUCGACUUUGACAGCCCUGCGGCUGCUUUAAAGGCAGUACAUGCUCUGAAAACCAGCGGCAUACAGGCCCAGAUGGCCAAGCAACAAGAGCAGGACCCCACGAAUCUGUACAUUUCCAACUUGCCUCUCUCUGUGGAUGAGAAAGAGCUGGAGAACAUGCUGCAGCCCUUCGGCCAGGUCGUCUCCACACGGAUCCUCCGAGACUACAGCGGCAACAGCCGAGGCGUGGGCUUCGCCAGGAUGGACACAACAGAGCAGUGUAAUGCCGUCAUCUCCCACUUCAAUGGGAAGUUUAUCAAGAUAGCGUCCGGAGCUCUGGCUCCCUCUCAGCCAUUGCUGUGUAAGUUUGCAGACAGUCAAAGGAAGAAACAUGCUCAUAGUGGAUUUGUUCCCAAUGGACAGACGGGGGAUCUCAGACUAGGGGCAAUGACUCUUACCUAUGACCCCUCCUCCGCUGCCAUACAGAAUGGAUACUAUCCUUCUCCGUAUCCAGUGACCAACAGGAUAAUGACUGUUCAGCCAGCGAUGUCUCCCUACAUGUCUCCAGUUUCUGCUUACCAGGUACAGAGUCAUUCUUGGGUGGCACAUCAGCCAUAUAUCAUGCAACACCCGGCUGCUGUGAUGUCUCCCUCUGUGGAUCCCUCCAUGUCACUGCACCCCUCAGCCAUGAUUACUCAGCAGAUGGGUCAGCUGUCUCUGGGAAACACUGGAGCGUAUCUUUCAGCCAACCCUGGUGUCCAGGGAGCUUACAUGCCUCAAUAUCCUCCCCUGCAGGCAGCACCUGAAAACGGCACGCCGCAGCAAGUGGAUUCUUCCAACAACUCGUCUCCUUACAGCCAGCUCAGCAAGUAAUCACAGGCUAGAUUACCGCUCUGUGUGCCAGAGGGCAGGUGGGAGGUUGCUGAUGACAUCACAGCGAUAACAGUCACCGCCUUCUCUGAUUGGACCAGACACAUGAACUUUUUUGCACAGCCCCGAUGUUUGUGGUGGAAAAUGAGGACAGUGUAAAUGGACUCAAGCAGUUGGCUAAUCACAGAACAAAACAAAAAAAAAUUAAGAUUUAUUUUGAUAAGAAACCACAUGCUUUUCUUUUUCUCUUUUUUCAAGGAUUCUCAAACAAAUGCCAGAGGACCCCCCCCAAGUAUGAUGUGAUAUUAAAAUGCAUGAGAUUGAGAUAUUUUCCCCCUUCAAGGUCUCUAUGAUUUUAUAGUUCCUUUAUUUGUGAUAUAUGAAAAACCUUGCAAAACCUUGUUUGCACUGAAGUCUAAAGAUCCAGACUAGCUUCCUUUCUGUUUUAAAGUUGCCACAGAAUAGCGUACAGAAUCAAUUAAUGCUCAACUGCACUUGACAGCUGAUACAGGUGACCAUUUCAUUAGGAAAUUAAUGAAUUUAUUAUUGGAAAAAGGUGCCUUCCUUACGUCACAUCAAACGUUCGCCAACAUUUUUUCAUCGAACUUGAUCAGGUGUCAUAUUUCUAUCUGAUUGGUCAAAUGUGUGUGUGAAAUCAUGAGAUUUCCAUUGAGUGUUUCGCUGUCUAGUCUUCUGGUUGCAAUAAAGACAAUGAGAGUCCCACGGCAAUACUGAGAAAAAAGAACAGUGGCAAACCCAGAGCAAGGUAAUUCCUUAAUUCCCCCUCUUUCCUUUUUUUUUUUUUUGAAAACUUCUAGAUGAGACGUGAAAAAAGAGACGUGCUUUUAUGAAAUUACAAGUUUUACACCCAAUGGACAUCUUUUAGGAGGGUUCUUUUUUUCUCUUGUGGUCAGCUUGACCAGUGAUCUACCUCAUAGUUCUGCUGGAGUCUGCUGGCGUUGUGGGGUUUGCAGGUAAAGCCCCCUUUUCACCAGAGAGGACGAAGCAGAACAACGGCCAUGCUCAGGAGCUGGCUAAAAUAGGACUUCUGCCGUUUGUCUCCCACAUGCAGCGCUUCUCCUCCUGAUCUGCAAAGAAACAUUGUGCUUUGCUUCAUCUUUGUUCGUCAUCGCUUCUGUUCUGGUGUUUGUUUUUCUCAACAUGAUGAGUGUUGUUGAGUUGUGAGGCUCCAUUUUAGAGAUUCAGAGUAGGACAACUACUAGCUUCUCCCAAAAAUAGUUGGUUUACAAUGUGUUUGAAACAAAUGAAUGCAGGCUACAUGCAUUGACUUGCUGCAUUUUUCUUCAUUUGCCAUACUAGACAGAUCUUAGAUUUCCCUUACCUUCUCUCUUUUUCCUUUAAAAAAGACUAUGGGUCACUAUCUGAUACUGUAAAGCCCUAAUUUUGGUCGUUUGGUCAUACAGCAGUGCAAUGGCAAACAAUUUGGAUGGGUGGAAAAGUAAGAAAAUAUUGCCUCACGCAAAAUAAAUGCAACAAUCAUGUACGAAAUACUUCAAAAACAGCAAUAUUUAAUAAGAGUUGGAUGGAAGUUGAAACCACAUGAUUGACUGUGUUUCAAAGGUUGGUUUGUUUAAGAUAAGAUUUGUAAAUUAUAUACAUUCAGGGCCAAAAGUGAAAAAUAAGUGAGUUUUAUUGCUUGCUUUACAUUUUUCUUUAAGCUGAUGAUUUCUGAUGUAAGAACUCUACACUACUACUACAAGAAAAAAAGGUCAAAGCUGUACGGUCGCGGUGCUCCUCCCCGAUCAAUAGUACUGUCGCAGUAAAUGCUCACCAUCGGAAAAUACAAGCGGUAACCAGGCUUUUACUGAGCGUACUUUCCCAUUCUGAACAUUUUUUGCUGGAAAAAAUGUAAAAAUUAAAAAAAAAAAAAAUCUUGUACAUGUUAUCCUCAUUGCUUCCUCUGUCACCUUCAGCUGAUUCUCAAUCAAUCCUCUCCUUGCUCUCUCCUUUGAAGACAUUGGAAUAAAAACAUUGCUGAAUAAAAGGCUCUUUCUCA